CCUGAGCUGAGCGGACGACAGGAAAACAACAGGGACCUGAUUGAAUCUAUUCACUGAACCCGUUGCUGUACCAGCUGAAUCUCUGAAAUUUACAGUGAACAUGGUGACCUGUGGAGCUCUGCUAAAAAUCUGGACUGCGGCUGUCGUCAUGGCAGCCCUGUGCGGGACAGGAACAGACGGAGAGAAGCUGGUGUCCUGUUGCAGGGAAGUGUCCACUGCAGAGGUGAAGGGUCCAAUCACAGGCUAUUGGUUACAGAGGUUCCAGGCUCCCUGUGUGAAAGCUGUCAUCUUUGAGACAGAGAAGGGUCUGAUCUGCAGUUAUCAUCGACUACCUUGGGUACGCCGCAAGAUUAAGGAGUUUGAUAUGAGAAGAAUCUCAAAAUCUCCCUCUUUCUCCUCUACAAAAUCUAUCACCUCCACCUUCAUGCCUAGCACCACCUUACACCCCUCUCCUACCUUUCUCUCCUCCUCUCCUCCUUCUCUCUCCUCCUCUCCUCCUUCCCUCUCCUCCUCUCCUCCUUCCCUCUCCUCCUCUCCUCCUUCCCUCUCCUCUUCUCCUCCUUCCCUCUCCUCCUCUCCUCCUUCCCUCUCCUCCUCUCCUCCUCUCUCCUCUCCUCCCUCAGUUAUCUCCUCUGUUCUCUCUCUCUUGUCAUCUCUUUUCCCUGCUCCCCGCUCCUCUCACACCGUACUUUCCUCUCGCCCCCCACUCUCCUCUUCUCCUUCCUAUCUCCUCUCCACACUACUACCUGCCACCUCCUCUCCUCAAUCUCUCUCCUCCUCCCCCGAUGUGGACUCAACCAAGGAUGCCCCAACUCAGCCAUCACCAUCCAGUCAAUAGAAUCACCGCCAAUGGCAGAAGUUCCCUAAAGUUCCACUUUUCCACUUCGUCAAAAGAAAUUACUUUUAUUGAAAUGCAUGCGUUAAUUAUAGUCUGAUCUGCUAGUUAGUAAUUUCUUGUGUCAUCGUGUUCAAUGGGUUACUACAGUUAUUUAUGAAAUAUAUUUGAGACCACUAUUUAUUUAGUUAUUUAUUAAUGGAUAUGUAUUGACUUUCUGAAUAUAUAUAGAUGUUUUGGUUUAUAUAUGUCUGUUUCUUAUUCAUCAGUGUGGAACAGUGUCAUUAACUUAUUUGAAACGUCCUUAUACCUUAUUUAUAAAAAAAAACAUUGAAUAAUUGUAUACAUCAAGAAGUGUAUAAUACUGUGGGAACAGAAAAUAAAAUGAACAGUA